CUAUGAGACUGUCGAUGACAGAUUUUUCAAACUUGACCGUUUUUUUUCUGUUUCGCUGUUUUCGUUGCUGUGUUGUGUUGAUGUUAAAGUGCUUUUGGAUGAGAAAAUUGGACGACUUGGCUUUCUUCCUACGGAUUCUGAGAUCCCAGCAUACCUGGUACUACUUGGCUUUGAAUUUGGACACCGAUUAUUCCAUUCGCGAGACCUUGGCAAGAUAUCCGGACUACUGGCGGCUCACGAUUGUGUUUUGAUAAUUGGUGCCUGUUGAUCAUCUGGUUUAAGAUAUUUAUCAUCAUGCCUGACAAAUCUCGUUUGGUGUGCUACUUCGGGUGCAUCAAUGAUGGUAAGUAUCAUGGUUGAUCCACAUUUUUUUUAAUUUUUUAUAGGACCGCUGCAUCAUUUCCCCAAUCCAAAAGGGCUGCUCAUUUCCCCAAUUGAGAGAUUUGCUCAGUGGAAGGCUAUAUUGGAUACGGCGACUCAGGAGAGGGGAGAUAAAUAUAUUUAUAAUCAUAUACUACUGUGUAAUGAACACUUUUUGGAAUGUUAUCGACUGCCCAGCCGUCGCCUUACAAAUAACGCUGUAGGUACCUACAAUAAACUUAUUCAAGGUUGACAGAAAUCAACACUUCGCAGCUGACAUACCUGGACCUACUGGUUAGUAAAUUGUCUUAUAGUUUUAAGAGUGUCUUUAAACCAAAUCAGUUAUUUUAUUCCCACCUAUAUUUUUUUAUAUGUAUAUGGAGAAAAACCAAAGAAUAUUAUGUGUCUCCUGAGAUCAAAAGAGUGGUACUUGGAAAACAAAAUGAUGAGCGGAGAUGCCACAACAUAAAAUCUCCUAAGAAAGUAGCACCGCCCAAGUGCGGGUGUUCGAGGGACGAUCUUUCCAUCCUCCAUGGUCUAGUAUGGGAUAGAAUACAAAGAUGCUACAAAAGAAAUACUCUGGUUCUACCUAUACAUGCUACGAAUGCAAUUAUUGCCAUAAGUUAGCACUCGUCAAUGCACCAAUAUAAUGUUCAAUUCACUAAGUAUGAUGAUUAAUAAAGUAAUCAAUAUAACAUUUUCAGAACAACAACGGCCGACAUUGGCACCUGCUGUCUUUUCACUACCCUCUACAUCGGGUCUACAACCAUCAACCUCUCAAAUGCCUGCACAGCUUGUUGGUUCAAAUCGGAAAACUCGUCCGGGCAAAAGCAAUUCAAACAAAUCAAUAUAUAAACUGCAAUUACAAUUAGAGAAACUAAGACAAAAAUGUAAAAAUAGCAAACCACAAUUACGAGCCGCAAAAAAAAUUUCAAUGAACAAGGCAUUCCUCUCUACAAUAGAAAAGUUACCAGAGGAAAUAAAUUUUUUUACAAAAUUACAAUUAAAAUAUAAUGCUAAACCAAGGGGGAGACGAUUUUCCAAUGAGGAAAAAAUAAUGGCACUUACCAUUCUAAAACAAAGCCCCAAGGCUUAUAGCCUUUUACAAAAAAUGCUUGUGCUGCCUUCUAAGCGUUGUUUGCAGAGCCUAUUAAGCGCAUUCACUUUGGAACCUGGCAUAAAUAAAAAUAUAAUAAAUGAUUUAAAAAAAAUGGCCAGCAGAUUGCCUAAUGAAAAAAAGCUGGUGAACUUACUGUUCGACGAGGUGUCCUUGGCCGCUGGAGUAGAAUUUAAAGCCGCAACUGGCAAAAUUAUUGGAUUUGAAGAUUUUGGUGACCAUAGAAAUAAGACACUCGCUGACCAUGCACUUGUCUUCAUGAUCAAAGGAAUUAAGAGCAAAUCUAAGCAGCCCAUUUGCUUUACAUUCUGCAAAGGCAUUACAAAAGCGAAUGAUUUAAAAAAUAUAAUUACAAGAGUAAUAAAAGAAAUAAAUUCAACUGGUUUAAAAGUAAUUGCUACAAUUUGUGACCAAGCCGCUACUAACGUAAGAGUGGUGCGGCAAUUACUCGCUGAAACCAGAGAAAAAUACUUGAGGAAAGGCAUGGAGUAUUACUCCAAAGCAUUUGAAAUUGAAAAUUCAAAGAUAUUUCCUCUAUUUGAUACGCCACAUUUGCUCAAGGGAGUCAGAAAUAAUUUGUUAGAAAAAAAUGCUCAGUUUACUCAGAAUGGGGAAACAAAAAAGGCGAAAUAGGAACACAUAGAAAUGUUGUUAGAAUUAGAUGAGGGGGAUGAUGAAAUAAGACUUGUCAAUAAAUUAACAGAAAAACAUGUUAUCAAGAACAAAAUCCCAAAGAUGAAGGUCAAAUACGCAGCCCAAGUCUUCAGCCAGAGAGUGUCUAGCGCCCUACGAUUUUCAUCAAAACACAAUAUACUUCCUACAGAAGGCCAAGAAACUGCAGA